UGUCAUGGCGGCCUGCAGGUGCUGCUGCUCGUGCCUCCGGCUCCGGCCGCUGGGCGAUGGUCCCCUCCGUCUUCCAGGGCGGGCUCGGACACUUACCCCGCUGCAGGUGCGAGCACUAUGGGGUGGCACGGGGCCCCGAGCUGUGGCCGUGGACUUAGGCAGCAGAAAAUUAGAAAUGUCCUCUGGAAAACUGGCCAGAUUUGCAGAUGGCUCUGCUGUAGUACAGUCAGGUGACACAGCAGUGAUGGUCACAGCAGUCAGUAAAACGAAACCUUCACCCUCCCAGUUCAUGCCCUUGGUGGUUGACUAUAGACAGAAAGCUGCUGCAGCGGGUAGAAUUCCCACAAACUAUCUUAGAAGAGAAAUUGGUUCUUCUGAUAAAGAAAUUCUUACAAGUCGAAUAAUAGAUCGUUCCGUUAGACCUCUCUUUCCAGCUGGCUACUUUUAUGAUACACAGGUAGGUUCCGAUUUAGUUUAUUUGGUUCCAGCUCAAUCCAAAAUAUUUGUUGGAGGGUUCUGGACAGAGCAGGAGAAACAUGUAGAACAAAAUUCAGAUUCACAAAAAAAGAUCAGACUUACUGGUCCGACAGAGACUGGAGGAACCCCUGAGACUAUGGGGGCAGUACGAAUAGGAAUAAUUGACGGAGAAUGUGUUGUCAACCCUACACGGAAAGAAAUGUCUUCCAGUACUUUAAACUUAGUGGUUGCUGGAGCCCCUAGAAGUCAGAUUGUCAUGUUGGAAGCCUCUGCAGAGAACGUUUUACAGCAGGACUUCUGCCAUGCCGUCAAAGUGGGAGUCAAGUAUACCCAGCAGAUAAUUCAGGGCAUACAGCAGCUGGUAAAGGAAAUCGGGGUUACCAAGAGAACACCUCAGAAGUUAUUCACUCCUUCGCCAGAGAUUGUGAAACACACCCAUAAACUUGCUGUGGAAAGACUGUAUGCAGUUUUUACAGAUUAUGAACAUGAUAAAAUUUCCAGAGAUGAAGCUGUUAACAAGAUCAGGUUAGAUACUGAGGAACAACUAAGAGAAAAAUUUCCAGAGGCCGAUCCAUAUGAAAUAAUAGAGUCCUUCAAUGUUGUUUCAAAGGAGGCCUUCAGAAGUAUUAUUUUGAAUGAAUACAAAAGGUGUGAUGGUCGGGAUUUGACUUCACUUAGGAAUAUCAGUUGUGAGGUAGAUAUGUUUAAAACGCUUCAUGGAUCAGCAUUAUUUCAAAGGGGACAGACACAGGUGCUUUGUACUGUCACGUUUGAUUCCUUAGAAUCCAGUAUUAAAUCUGAUAGAAUUAUAACAGCUAUAAAUGGAAUAAAAGACAAAAACUUCAUGCUGCACUAUGAGUUUCCACCUUAUGCAACUAACGAAAUUGGCAAAGUUACUGGUGUAAAUAGACGAGAACUUGGGCAUGGUGCUCUUGCCGAGAAAGCUUUGUAUCCUGUUAUUCCCAGGGAUUUUCCUUUCACCAUAAGAGUCACAUCUGAAGUCCUAGAGUCAAAUGGGUCGUCUUCCAUGGCAUCUGCCUGUGGCGGAAGUUUGGCGUUGAUGGAUGCAGGGGUCCCGAUCUCAUCUGCUGUCGCUGGUGUGGCCGUAGGGCUGGUCACCAGGACCAACCCUGAGAAGAAUGACAUAGAAGAUUAUCGUUUGCUGACAGAUAUUCUGGCAAGUGCCUUCACACGCUGAAACAUUCAAUGGAACAGUGCGGGCAGUGCUGGAGGGACAGUGCUGGAGGGACAGUCAUGUUUAUCUUAUGUAGUUAUGUUUAUUGUGUUUUUCUGUCUUCUAGUGGCAAAGAAGGAAAUAUUACAGAUUAUGAACAAAACUAUUUCAAAACCUCGAGCAUCCAGAAAAGAAAACGGACCAGUUGUAGAAACUGUUCAGGUUCCAUUAUCAAAACGAUCAAAGUUUGUUGGACCAGGUGGAUAUCAUUUAAAAAAACUUCAGGCUGAAACAGGAGUAAGUAUUAGUCAGGUGGAUGAAGAAACAUUUUCUGUAUUUGCACCAACACCCAGUGCUAUGCAUGAAGCAAGAGACUUCAUCACCGAAAUCUGCAAAGAUGAUCAGGAGCACCAGUUAGAAUUUGGAGCAGUGUAUACCGCCACAAUAACUGAAAUCAGGUAAUUGAAAAGAAUAAUAUAUCUUGUUGCUUUUUGGAGCUGUGCUGUCACAGUGGUUAAGAGCUCAGCUGCUAACCAAAAUAUUAGACACCCCAGUGCUUUGGGAUUAGAAGUUGGCCAAGAAAUUCAGGUGAAAUACUUUGGCCGUGAUCCAGCUGAUGGAAGAAUGAGGCUUUCUCGUAAAGUACUUCAGUCUCCUGCUACAGCAGUUGUCAGAACGCUCAGUGACAGAAGCAGUAUUGUCAUGGGGGAGCCUGUUUCACAAUCAUCAUCUAAUUCUUCUUCCUCGUGAUCUUUUAAGAGAAUUCUAGGGUGAUAAUCUACAGAGCAAAAUUUCAGGAGUAUCUUCCAAUGUGUAGAUUUAUAUAUAGUAUAAAUAUAUUCCACUUACCUGUCCUAAAAUACUCAUUUAUGCGUGCCAUUUUUUUAUUUCAAAGAGUAACUUAUAUUCUCUUAACUUACAUUAUAAAUCAAUAAAUAUUUUUUAUUAAAA